AUGGCCGACAGAUUCCCUUCCCUGGACGAGUUCGACUCGGGUGUUCAAACUGAAGUCAAGGACCCCUCCGCACAACCAACUGCCGACGACUUCUUGGCCCGUGAAAAGGCCCUUCUUGGCGACGAUGCCGAGCUGUUCACAACAACGGAUGAUUCGGCUGCCCUGGUAGAUGCGCCAGCAGCUGGGUCGACCUUUGAAUCUCAGUUCCCUGACCUUGCCGACUCUUCUGCCGGAAUGGGCGGCGCUGCCACCAUCACCGGACCUUCUGUCAACUACAACUCGGGAUACCAGACUCAGGUGCAAGACGAAGAGGAGCCCCAGGUUAUUAAGGACUGGAGAGCGAAGCGCGACGCUGCCAUUGCUAAGCGCACAGAGCAGUUCUCGGCACAACGCGAAGAGACUAUCAAGGAGGCACAGAAGAACAUUGAUGACUUCUACGAUAACUACAAUGCGAAGAAGGAGAAGGGCAUCGCCCAAACAAGAAAAGACGCCGAGCAGUUCCUGGCAAACCAGGACGAUACUGUCUCUGGUGGCACAAGCUGGGAUCGUAUCUCGAAGCUGGUCGACGUCAGUGGCAAAGGCACCAAGGGCGGUGCUGCGGGCUCCGGCAAGGACCGCUUCCGCGACAUGUUAACGAGUCUACGCAAGGAUGAGAAGGCCCCUGGCGCUACAGGAUAUUGA